GGGCAAAGCCCCUCCCUUCCAAGGAAACGAAACCAACAGCAGCCCAGACUCAGGGCACAGCUCCUCCCUUCCAGUGAAAUGAAACUAACAGCCUCCUGGACCCAGGCAGCAGAAGAGAUAGAAGCUAAAAGGUUUUCCCCGCCAGCUCUGCCCCUUCUGGCUCUCCCGUCCCAGCGUCAUGAUGGAGCUCAGUGAUACCCCAGCCAGGUUUCUAGACAAGUUCAUCGAAGACCACCUCCUGCCAGACGAGGAUUUCCGCACACAGGUCAAUGAAGCCAUCCACAUCAUCUGCAGUUUCCUGAAGGAGAGGUGUUUCCGAUGGGCCUCCCACCCUGUUCGGGUGUCCAAAGUUGUGAAGGGUGGCUCCUCAGGCAAAGGCACGACCCUCAGGGGCCGAUCAGAUGCUGACCUCGUCGUCUUCCUCACCAAUCUUAAAAGUUUUCAGGAACAACUUGAGCGCCGAGGAGAAUUCAUCGAGGAAAUUAGGAGACAGCUGGAAGCCUGUCAAAGGGAGGAAACAUUUGAAGUGAAGUUUGAAGUCCAGAAACAGCAAUGGAAGAAUCCCCGUGCUCUCAGCUUCGUGCUUAGAUCCCCUCAGCUCCACGAGUGGGUGGAGUUUGAUGUCCUGCCCGCUUUUGAUGCCCUGGGUCAGUUGACCAGAGGCUACAGACCUGACCCUAAAGUCUACGUCCAGCUUAUCCGAGAGUGCGAGUUCCUGGGGAGAGAGGGCGAGUUCUCCCCCUGCUUCACGGAGCUGCAGCGAGCCUUCCUGAAGGAGCGUCCACCCAAGCUGAAGAGCCUCAUCCGCCUUGUGAAGCACUGGUACCAAAUGUGUAAGGAGACGCUUGGGAAGCCACUGCCCCCACAGUAUGCCCUGGAGCUCCUGACAGUCUAUGCUUGGGAGCAAGGAAGCAUGGAAACAAGAUUCAGCACAGCUCAGGGAUUUCAGACUGUCUUGGAAUUAGUCCUGAAGCAUCAGAAGCUUUGCAUCUACUGGAAAAAGUAUUACAACUUUGAAAACCCUAUUAUUGGACAAUACCUGUCAAGGCAACUUGUAAAACCCAGGCCUGUGAUUCUGGACCCGGCUGACCCUACAGGAGACGUUGGUGGUGGAGACCCAUACAGCUGGCAGCGGCUGGCACAAGAGGCUAGAGCCUGGCUGAGUUACCCAUGCUUUGAGAAAUCGGACGGGUCCCCAGUAGGCUCCUGGGAUGUGUCGAUAGCAUUUUCCGACAGCUCCCUCCCCACCAGAGCCUGUUCUCCGACAAUAUCCUCUGAGAGACAGCAGGAGAGACUCAGACAAAAGAGAGGAAUCCCAGUCUUCACGCUCUUCUCUGUACCUGGUGGGAAGGUUGUGGUCCAAUUUAUUGUCAAUAACAACAAAAAUAAUAGCAAAUACCAUUUGUUGGGUGUUAAUUAACCACAAGGCACAGAGCCAAGAAGUAUAUCUGCAUAUUAUAUGUGUGUGUGUAUGUAUGUGUGCAUAUUCGUUGAUUCAACUUAAAAUAUUAAUUGAGCACCUGCUAUGUGCCAAGCAUCGUUCUGGGCACUGGAACAUAGCAAUGAGCAAAGCAGACAAAAAUCCCUGCCUCAUGGAGCUGACAUUUUGUGGAAUAUUCUACUGUUGGAUAGACUAGGAUCCUUCCAAUUUUCAAUUACAGGUAAUCCUGAGACAAACAUCUUUGGUUCAUCCUUUGUCCACAUCUCUGAUUAUUUAUCCAGGAAAAGUUUUAGAACUGCCCUGUGUAAUACAGUAGUCACUAUUGAGCACUUGAAAUGUAGCUGGACCCAAUCGAGAUGUGCUUAUCUUUAUACUUUUUUGAAUUUUCAGAUUUUAUUAAUUUUUGGCCAUAAGUUUGUACUGUUUGUAUGACCACAAGAAACAAUAAAGCAAUGUUUCUUGCACAAAAAA